AUGAGUUUACAGUGGACGAUCAUCGCGACGUUCUUGUACGCCGAAAUCGCAAUCGUGCUUCUCUUGACAUUGCCGAUCGCAAGUCCAUCAAAAUGGCAGAGAUUUUUCAAGUCAAAAUUCCUCGCUUACAUAAGUGGUCAAGCAUCUAUUUACUUCUUAAUUCUUAUUGGAGUGUUAGUACUAUGCCUUCUCGAUGCCAUCCGCGAGAUGCAGAAAUACUCGAACAUCGAGUCUUCAGACCACCAGCACUUGGAUGCAGAGAUGCAAGGUAACAUGAGGCUGUUCCGUGCGCAGAGAAACUUCUACAUUUCUGGGUUUGCGCUAUUUUUGCUGGUAGUAAUUCGCCGGUUGGUCCAAUUGAUUUCGGAGUUGGCGACUCUUUUGGCACAGUCCGAGGCUAACUUCCGUCAAGCGCAAAGCGCAACAGUCACUGCCAGGACGCUUCUGGAUCAGGCUGGCGCUGGUGACGAGAAGAAUAAGAAAGAGUUAGAGGAACUGAAGAGCCAAAUCACUCUGCUGGAGAAGGAAUUGAACAAAGAGAAGAAGGACAAGGAAGCUGUGAAAUCCCAGGCUGAGAGCCUCAACAAGGAGUAUGACAGACUUGCUGAGGAGCACAGCAAACUGCAGAAGAAGCUGACAGUGGCCAGUGGAGGGGAUAGCAAGAAGGAUGAAUAG